GGACGCCAUACAAAAACCGGCCAGCUAGCAGCAAUCAAAAUUAUGGAUGUAACAGAGGAUGAAGAAGAAGAAAUAAAAUUAGAAAUUAAUGUUUUAAAAAAGUACUCUCAUCAUCGAAAUAUAGCUACAUAUUAUGGGGCAUUCAUUCAAAAGAGUCCUCCUGGUAAAGAUGACAAGCUUUGGCUUGUUAUGGAAUACUGUGGAGCUGGUUCUGUCACUGAUCUAGUAAAAUCUACAAAAGGCCAGUGUCUAAAAGAAGAGUGGAUAGCUUACAUCUGUAGGGAAAUUCUCAGGGGUCUUAGUCAUCUACAUGCCAAUAAAAUAAUUCAUAGGGAUAUAAAAGGCCAAAACGUCCUCCUAACAGAUAACGCUGAAGUAAAAUUAGUUGACUUUGGUGUAAGUGCUCAGUUAGACAGAACGAUUGGAAGAAGAAACACCUUCAUUGGUACACCAUAUUGGAUGGCCCCUGAAGUCAUUGCCUGUGAUGAAAAUCCUGAAGCUACCUAUGAUAAUAGGAGCGAUCUAUGGUCUUUAGGAAUUACUGCUUUAGAAAUGGCUGAAUCUCAACCACCAUUAUGUGAUAUGCAUCCUAUGCGAGCCUUGUUCCUGAUCCCUAGGAAUCCACCGCCUAGGCUAAAAUCAAAAAAGUGGAAUAAAAAAUUUCAUAGUUUUAUAGAAACUGUUUUAGUGAAAGAUUAUCAACAGAGGCCAUAUACAGAUCAGUUACUAAAGCAUCCUUUUAUUCGAGACCAGCCAACUGAAAGGCAAGUUCGUAUCCAACUUAAAGAUCAUAUUGAUCGAUGUCGCAAGCACAAGAGAGGAGGUGACAUUCAAGAAGAAUAUAGGUAUAGUGGUAGUGAAGGGGAAGAAGAAGAUGUAGGAUUAGCCGGCGAACCUAGCUCAAUAGAACCAGUACAACAAGAUUCUACCUUGAGAAGGAAUUUCCAACAGUUGCAAGAAGGAAGGACAUUAACUUCUAAUGACUCAAAACCUUCUGGCAGCAGCUUUCAACCUCCAUCAGCCCCUGCUCUCCAAACUGAAACACCUGCUCCACCGCCUCGACAUCCUAUUCCACCACAAAGACUCAUUGUUGUGCCAGAUCCUCCACCUCCUAGCAAACCAUUACCACCAAUUCCUGUUGAUGGGAACAGGAAAGCCAAAGCAGCUACACCACCUAGAAAUGGUCAAAAUCAAAUGAUUCCGUUUCAGUCAUCACAACAGAAUCGAAAUUCUGGUGUAUUUAAACCUCCUGCUAGAAGACCAGAGGAUUUGGAAGUUUUAGCUGCUCAAUUAAACGAAUUAGCAAUUGGAGGAGCUGGAAGUCUAUCAAAUAGAAAUAAUAAUUGUAGAAUAUCUACAAAUUUAGCUGAAACGCCUCCAGGAAUAAAUGGUAUUAUCUCUGAGAAGUCCGGGUUGAAUAGAAAUGGUUCUGAUUCUGAAGAGGAAGAGGAAGAAGAUGAGGGACAAAUUCAGAAUGAUGGGACUCUCCUUGCAUCUGACCCACCUCGUCCUUUGGCCUCUGAAAAUCCGAUUGAAAAUAGGAUAUCAAGGCCUCCUGAAGUAUAUAGUGAAGCUCUUCGAAAUUUAGUUGAUCAUGAUAAAAUUCAUGAUGGUUCAACUCCAGUCAAUCAUGCUCCUCAUCGGCCACUUCCUCCAACGCCUGAUGAGGAUGAAAAUAAUGACAGAACUCUUGUUUUAAGGAGAAACCACUCAAAUAGACAAGAACACAACAGACGAACAAGAGGUGAAAAUGAGAACCUAGUAAAGUGCCAAGAUAAGGCUAAAGAACGCCAAAGUAGUAAUUUAGAAAAAAAUCAACGUAGACGUGAUUCUGGUCCUAUUGAAAGAACUGAUGCCAAUAAAACAAAAAAUGAGCAAAGGCAUCGCUCAUCGUCUUCACCAUUACAUAAAGCAACAUCUUCACCUUUCCCUUUAGCUACCUCAACUCCCAAUCAAAACGGCGAAUCUAAUCAUAAAAAAGAACGAAACAAUAAUUCUAGGCAUGACUCCAAG